AUGAAGAUCAAAACAGUCAGUAGAUCGUCCGAUACGUACGUUCCAGUAAGGAACACACAGGAAUCAUCGCUUCCAAGAAACCUCAACCCUGCAUUGCAUCCAUUUGAAAGAGCCAGAGAAUACACCAAGGCACUUACCGCCACCAAAAUGGAGAAGAUGUUUGCCCAACCGUUCAUAGGACAACUUGGUAACGGUCAUAGAGAUGGUGUGUACCAAAUAGCUAAGAAUUUCUCCACCACCAACCAGGUUGCUACUGGUUCAGCCGAUGGGGUGAUCAAGUACUGGGACAUGACGCUGCGUAGCGAAGCUGUUUCGUUCAAAGCGCACUAUGGGAUGGUCAGCGGGUUGUGUGUUAGUCCCAACAGCAGUAGUAUGCUCUCGUGUGGUGACGACAAGACUGUUAAGUUGUGGUCUGUCAACACCGACGAGUUUGACGGAUCACAGUCAGAUCAAGAGUUGUACCAUGGAAGAGACGGUAAGGGAGGUCUUCUCAAGACCUUUUUGGGAGAACAUUCGUUCAAGGGCAUAGAUCAUCAUCAGGACGAGGAGCUUUUCUGUACAGGAGGGGCCAGCAUUCAACUUUGGGACAUCAACAGGUCCAAGUACAUUUCCAACUUGUCAUGGGGGGCAGAUAACAUCAACACAGUGAAAUUCAAUAGAACACAGACAAACAUAAUAGCAUCAGCAGGGUCCGACAACUCCAUAGUGUUGUAUGAUGUAAGGACAAACAGCCCCAUCCAAAAGGUUGUGACUAGCUUGAGAACAAACUCAAUUGCAUGGAAUCCAAUGGAAGCCUUUAAUUUUGCAUCAGGAUGUGAAGAUCAUAAUGCUUAUUUAUGGGACAUGAGAAGAUUGGACAGGUCGUUGAAUGUUUAUAAGGACCAUGUUGCUGCGGUGAUGGAUGUGGAUUUCUCUCCAACGGGAGAAGAGUUAGUUACAGGUUCAUACGAUAAGACCAUCAGAAUCUACAAGACCAGGGAGGGACACAGCAGAGACAUUUAUCAUACAAAGAGAAUGCAACACAUUUUCUGUGUCAAGUUUUCUACCGAUUCGAAGUACAUUUUGAGUGGUUCAGACGACUCUAACAUCAGAAUCUGGAGAACAAAUGCAUCUGAGAGAUCGAGUAUUAAGUCUACCAGACAGAGAAACAAAUUAGAGUAUGACGCAGCAUUGAAGGAAAGAUUCAAGCACAUGCCGGAAAUCAGAAGAAUCAGUAAGCACAGACAUGUUCCUAUUGUAGUUAAGAAGGCAGGAGAGAUCAAGAGAGUGGAAACCGAUGCAUUAAAGAAGAGAGAGGAUAACCAAAGAAAGCAUUCGAGACCUGGAUCUGUUCCAUUCAAAUCUGAGAGGGAGAAGCAUAUCAGGGGAACAGCGAUCAAGGAGCAAUAG